GUUUUCUGGGAGGGGGGCUGGGGCCGAGGCCCCCGGACUGCCUGAGGUGGGACUCUGAGUUAGAGGCCUCCUGCCACUGACCAACAGUGUGGCUCGGGCAGGUCACGGCCUAUAGACCUCAGUUUCCCUCCCGCGUGGCUCAAAGGGCGGCUUCGCGGAUCGCGAGGCCUAGUGCCCUGGAAACCACGUGAUCUAAGGGCUGAGCUGUGUGGCCAGACAAGAGAGGCCCCUGCCCUUGCCCACUGAGCUCUGCUGGGGCACAGAGGCUGCUCCCUCUCUGAUCUGCGGCUGCCUCUUUCCCCUCACAGUGUUCUUAUGGGAGCCAUGAAGCUGAACGAGAGGAGUGUGGCCCACUACGCAUUGAGUGACUCCCCAGCAGACCACACGGGCUUCCUGCGCACUUGGGGGGGCGCAGGGACUCCACCCACCCCCAGUGGUGCUGGCCGAAGGUGCUGGUUUGUCCUCAAGGGCAACCUGCUUUUCGCCUUUGAGAAUCGAGAAGGCCGGGCCCCGCUGAGCCUGGUGGUGCUGGAGGGCUGUACAGUGGAGCUGGCUGAGGCUCCUGUGCCUGAAGAGUUUGCCUUUGCCAUCCGCUUCGACGCCCCUGGCGUGCGUCCACACCUACUUGCAGCAGAUGGGCCGGCAGCCCAGGAGGCAUGGGUGAAGGCACUGUCUAGGGCAAGCUUCGGCUACAUGCGCCUGGUAGUGCGUGAGCUGGAGAGCCAGUUGCGUGAUGCCCGCCACAGCCUGGACUUGCAUCGUCGCUCAUCCUGGAAGGCCAUUCCCAGCCGCCCUAAGGCUCAGGCUACUGACCACUGGUCUUCUGGCCUGGAGAAUGGCCACUCCCUCUCCAGGGACUGUAGCUCUAUGGGCUUGGUGGAAGAAGCGGGCAGCAGGCCAGCAGGGCGGGGCUUGUCUGAGUGGGAGUUGCAAAGUCCUGCCAGCCUCCUCCUAGGUAGGGGGCAGAGCCCUGUGUCCCCUGAGACCUCCUGCUUCUCUACCCUGCACUACUGGUAUGGCCAGGAGAUUAUGGAACUGAGGCGGGUAUGGCUGCAGAGGGCCCAGGGGAGCCAGCCAGACUGCGAGGAACAGGAUAGGCCUUAAGCCUUCUGCCUUCUGGUUCAGCCCUUGUCCUGCUGGUCAGGACACCAGGGCCAGUGCUUUUUCAAGAGUUUACUGUUUACUCCUCCCCAGCAGAAACAACCUCUCCCUUCCUAGACUCUGCCUUAUUGGGGCCUUGGGCAGCCUGACGAGGGCCCAACUGUGCUAGAGGCUUGGGCUCAGAGCCUCUUUAAGCCCAGGAGGCUGAGACGCCACCCAGGGUCCAGGACGGGUUCCCAGGGAGAGAGGCCACCUUCCCAGCCCUGUAUAGGAGCCCCACAGCCCACUGUACCUUGUUUUAUACACAGAUACUACAGGCUUUUGUUAUCAUUCCUAUUGUUACAGCCUUUUUUUAUAUACUAUUAAAACAUUAUGUUUUUUUAAUUACUCA